AAUGGGACUCUCCAUUCUCGGACAAGGUGAGAGUGAGAGACGGCGACAUCACCAGCAGUGGGAGAUGGAGGCAGGUAGAGUUGGUGAUAGAGUCACACUGCUAACAAAAGGCUCACGAUUCCAGGAUGGGUCUCGGGAGUCGAUAGACAAAUUCCAUCUCGGAUGCCACAAUGACAUUCAAGCAGCUUGUCACAUUGAGGUAAUUACUCGGAGAUAGAAUUACAGGACACAAACUCUAAGGCUCACUGAGCUAUGUGGCUCUUUGUCAGAAGCGACGUGGCUAUCACAAAUGAGAGCACAAUGAAGUGGCUUGUGUGGAAUUAAUUGCAGCAAAAUACUGUAAAUGCAUGAUGUUGAUUCUAAAUGUGGAGGGUAAACCGGAAGUCCCAGAUACAAAUUCCCGCGACCAAGGGGAGAGAGAGAAAGAUGCUAACUUUAAAUAUAAAGCAGCCGUAAGGCGAGCGAGAUAACAUUUCAUAGCCACGCUAGCACCCAAUUCAUUGCUCUGUCUUACCAUAAACACCAACUUGUACGCUGAGCUCUGGAAGGACCAGUUGAUCUCUUGAUACUCAUCUCAUAAAUGAGCCACCGUAGCUGAGCCUCACCGAUUUAUAUUAACACCAAUUUCUUCAAAUGUAUAUAUUUGUUAAAAUAUUAGAUUUAUUUGAUACAUUUUGUUCAUGUCAAGGUGUGUACUGUAACCAUGUUAACCUUGAAUCUGCUGUUUGCGCACCAAGGGCAUGGGUUCACAUUCCGUGCAGUGGUCUCGUGAUGUCAGUUUCGACAAUGAAAACAUUUUACGUAUUUACUUCCUUCUCCACCGUCGCUAUAAGAGAGAGGUCCUGGUUCAGCGUCUCUCAGAGCCACAAAGCGAGAUAUCACAGUGAAGCCAUGGGUCAUGGCGAGCGUGACUCCCAGUGAGAGUGUGGAUAGUGAGCUGCGCUGCUCCAUCUCCCUGGCCACCUUCGUUUGCCCUUCCACGCUGAGCUGCGGACACUCGUUCUGCCUGCGGUGCCUGGAGGCUGCCACAGAGACGGCGAGUAGCUUCAGCUGCCUACAGUGCCCAGCAGCCUUCCCUGUGUGACCCCAGCUGAGGAGGAACAUGGCCCUAACCAACCUGGUGGAGCAGCUCAGAGUUGGAGAUGGGAUGGCCACUGCCGUCUUGUGUGACAUCUGCAGUGAUGACCACACUCCUGCAGUGAAGACCUGCCUGAGAUGUGAGAUGUCCUACUGUUUUUCUCACUUUAGGCCUCACAUGGAGAAUCCCAGGUUGAGAGACCACGCUGUGGUGGAUCCCACUGUGAGCUUGGACGAGAGAAGAUGCCCGAAUCACAAAAGAGAGCUGGAGUUCUACUGCACAGUAGACAGCAGCCUGGUCUGCUUUACCUGCACUAUCGCAGGUGAACACAUAGGACACAAGGUCCUGAUGCUGAAGGACGAGCACGAGACACGAAAGACGUCUCGUCUCUCACUACAGACACACGUAGGGGAGGAGACGCGAGCAGUGGAGGAGAAGAGGAAGAAGGCGGAGGAGUCCCUGAAGCAGAUGGAGGCGGCUCGUAAGGAGGCGCAGGUAUCAGUGGCCGGAAUCAGGGGUCGCAUCACGGGCAAGUUCGCCCGCCUAAGGAAGGCGCUGGACGAGGAUGAGAGGGAGGCUCUCCAACGCGUGGCCGUGAAGGAGCGUGAGCUGCUGUCCCGGAUCGAGGAGGACAUCGCUCGUCACAAGCGGGAGAUUGGCGAGCUCCAGGCGGCGGCCACUCGCCUGCGUGCUCUGGAGCACGAGAGGGACUCGCUCGCCUUCCUGCAGGGGCACCUGGAGGAGAUGUGCAGGAGAGAGACCCCAAAGGAAUCUGCACCCCCACCUCCCACUUCACUGGACAUCACCACGAUCCGCUCCCUUGAAAAGGUCGUGAACAGAUUCCUGCCUUUCGCUUAUGGAUGCUCACCGACUCUGGACACCAACUCAGCCCGCGAUCUCCUCCAGAUUUCUUCGGAUCUCAGGACGGUGACUCUGAGCAAUGUCAGCCAUUGUCGCCCCCAUCAUCCACUGCGCUUUGAGUACCGGCUACAAGCCCUGUGCUCUGAUAGCUUCUCAUCGGGUCAGCACUACUGGGAGGUGGACGUGGGGAAAGCGCUGUGGUGUCGGGUUGGAGUCGCGUACGGGACGAUCCCACGGAGAGGGCGUGGUGAUGAGUGCGGCCUAGGAGGGAGUGGCGUCUCCUGGUGUCUACAGAAACUUGGUGACAGCUUCUCAGUGCGGCAUGGCGGGGUAGAGACCUCACUGUUGGUGCAGGAGCCUCCGAUGAUAGUCGGGGUUUAUCUGGACUGGGACGCAGGGCUGCUGUCGUUUUACAAUGCCCACUCCAUGGCGCCGUUGCACUCGUUCCAUCAAAACUUCACUCGGCCCCUACAGCCUGGGCUGGCAGUGUGGGGUAAUGAUGGUGCCUCAAUGAGGAUUCUGGAUCUGAGUGGUGCGUCCUGAGAGAGGUGAACGUGAACAGCACAGAGGGCAGACGCCACGACGCACUGCGCUCAUCACCUUCGUCAUCGCCACGCGCAAGUGCCACGCCUGUGUGUGCUGGUAGCUCUCAAUCACAACGGGGGGGGGGGGGGCUGAGCCUAAACAAUCCUCACAACGUUCAUAGGGGGGGUUGGGGUAAAAUAGGUAACGCUGUGUGUGUGUGUGAAGCCAACGUGGAUGUAUUCACCCUUCCAGAGGAGAGUGACUGUAGUGUAGGGGUGCAGUGAUUAGCAAUGGUGAACUGGGAUGUGCGAAUACAGUCGUGGUAUCAUGAGUUGUGGGAGAGAUACAACAAUAAUAAUUUUAAAAAAGUACAAAUGUACAUGUAUGACAGUGGCGUUGUAACGCUUGUAUCUACGAUUCU